CGGCCUUGGCGCGGCAGCCAUGUCCAUGGGCCUGGAGAUCACGGGCACCUCGCUGGCCGUGAUGGGCUGGCUGAGCACCAUCGUGUGCUGCGCGCUGCCCAUGUGGCGCGUGACGGCCUUCAUCGGCAGCAGCAUCAUCACGGCGCAGAUCACCUGGGAGGGCCUGUGGAUGAACUGCGUGGUGCAGAGCACCGGCCAGAUGCAGUGCAAGGUAUACGACUCGCUGCUGGCGCUGCCGCAGGACCUGCAGGCGGCCCGCGCCCUCAUCGUCGUCGCCAUCCUGCUGGCCGCCUUCGGGCUCCUCGUGGCGCUGGUGGGCGCCCAGUGCACCAACUGCGUGCAGGACGACACGGCCAAGGCCAAGAUCACCAUCGUGGCGGGAGUGCUCUUCCUGCUGGCCGCCUUGCUCACGCUGGUGCCGGUGUCCUGGUCGGCCAACACCAUCAUCCGGGACUUCUACAACCCCCUGGUGCCGGAGGCGCAGAAGCGUGAGAUGGGCGCGGGCCUGUACGUGGGCUGGGCGGCCGCGGCGCUGCAGCUGCUGGGGGGCGCGCUGCUCUGCUGCUCCUGCCCGCCGCGCGAGAAGAAGUACGCGCCCACCAAGAUCGUCUACUCCGCGCCCCGCUCCGCCGGCCCGGGCACUAGCACAGCCUACGACCGCAAGGACUACGUCUGAGGGGCGGCCGCGGGGAGACCCCACCACCCCACGGGCGAGAGCGCCCACCGGUGCCGCGUGCGGCCUCUCCUCGGAGACCGGCGCCCCCUCCCCCCAGGUGCCAGGAGCUCUCACACGGGACCGGGAGGGACCAACCCCGCGGCCCCUUCCUGGGCAGCACACCCCGCUCCCCGGCCCCACGGCGCGCGGGGGACCAGCCCACACGGACAGUGAAACCUCAGCCCCUCCGGAGAGCGGGGCCGGGUGGCCGCCGCUACUUGCCCGCCCCGUCGGGCCUCGGUCCCAAAGCCCGCGUUGGGCAGGGACCGGCAGUCUUGGAAAGGGCCAGUUGAUAUUUUUCAAUAAAAGCCUUUCGU